AUGGAAACCGUCCCUGCAGACUACGGCAAACGUGUUUAUCAAGGUGUGCGUGUCAAGCACACAGUGAAGGAUCUGCUGGCUGAAAAGCGCUCGAGGCAGACAAACAGCUUGCGACGGAAUGGAAGUGUUGUGACCACUCAGCCAUCCUUGAUCCCACUGCCGAGUUCCCCUACCGUGUCUGGUUAUUAUGGAGUUCGAAGAUCCUUGAUGACAGAUAUGGAUUUACAAAACAGCAAGGAGAUCUCCAGCGAAGUCUACACUUCUUCCCUGCUACCCAAGUCAUUGGCUUAUGAAUCACCAGCAACUCAGGGAUAUUCUUUGUCUCUGGAUACCCAUUUAAUUGAUCAGUAUGUGGACCAUCGGGCUGGAUCCAUCCCUUCUGGAGUCUCCACUCUCCUUGGCAACUCCCCGCUGACUUCUGUCACAUCAUCCUUUCCAAGUGAUUCUGCUCAUUUUUUUAGUAGAGACUCCUGGGAACAAUCUGUGCCAGACGGCCUUGGUCAGUUGGAAGCAUGUCCAGAAUCUCUCCAAGUAGCUCCAGCCACCAGCUGCCUUUCAGCUCAUGAGCCGGGAACAGCUUCCCAGUGUAGAAACUCCCACUGGAGUUCACCCAUCUCUGGAACUCAGUCCUACUCCUUCCACCCUCUUGAAGAUAUCCACUACCCAGCUGCUUUCUCUGGCUCUUCAAACUACCCCUUCUCCUCAUUCAUGGCUGCAGUGGCCAAUGAUCUCCCUGUGCCCAAGAUGCUCCCAGUGUCUUCUGAAGAACCUUCAGAUGCAGCCUCUCUCCAAGAUAGCAGCCCUUUCUGGCCCAAGGAAGACACAAGUCCUCUCUGGGGGUCCUACGAAGAACGAAGGACUUACUGA